AAAAUCCUGAAAAUUAUAUUCCUAACAGCAUAACAGUAUUUCAUUAAAAAUUGGAUUUGGAUAGGUCUUUUCCGAUAUGAAAUUUAGUUUGCCGACCAGAUAGCAGCGCCAUUUCCACCAUUUGUCCUGGUCGUGCAUUCAGGCGCGUUGCUCUGGUAACAAUUGGACACUGCUCCACAGGAAACUGUCUGCCUGUCGUACGCCCUCGUUAUGGUUAUCAUUUGAAAUCAGACAAAUUAAAAGCAAAGCGGCUACAUCCGUAACAACAUUGUUGAAAACCCCGAAAACCUCGAUAGCAUCAGACUGGAAGUGGUUAUAUAGUAAAGAAGACAAUACUCAUUUAUCUUCCAACCGAAACCAUGGAUAUCGUUACCAUACUCACUCUGAUAAUGGUGUCUGCUCUUAUUGUUAUAGAUGAUGUAACGGCUUCAAAGAUAAAAGCCAGCUGCAAUAAAGGUGAUAAGUUGGUACAAGUAUCAGGAUACAGUCAAGCUUACUUUAACACUACGAACGUCAAGUUACUAAAGGAGAGCCUUCAGGGAUCUCCAAUAUUCUGCAUGUGGAAAAAUGGCUGCAAAUUGAAGGUACCGAAAGGGACCAAUAAGCCAAAGAAACUUUGGUUUAAGGAUAACAUGCGUUGUCUCAAAAACGAAACACGCUUGUAUGAUUUGAUCACAACCAAUAUUUUCCAAACCGCAAGACUUGCGACAUUAGCUAAAACAAUCGUGGUACGGAGUCAUAAAAAAUUUCCAUGGAAUUAUGCUCUGUGUGAAGAAGCGACCACCUAUUCCUUGAAUUUCUCAACGGCAGAAAAUCACAUCGGAAAAUUUAAAGUUGUACUUCAGAUCGUUUCCGUAGAUCUCGAUAGGAAAUAUGACAGUCUUUCUUUAAAGAAUAAAGACAGAUCAUUCGACAUUAAAGAAGGGAGCAAAAUCGUGAUGCCAAUAACUAAUUUGGACUAUGUGAGACUGGAAUUUACAUCCUUUAGACCCAGGAAUAGGAUGGGGUGCCUGACAUCUGCAUACAAAGGAUUUCUUUUCUGUAUGAAACUUGUGGAAAACACACAGCAGCAUGUCGGGAGGAUCUGUGACGAGGUGAUGGAUAAUGUGGCAGUGAAGAUAUGGAAAAGAAAAUUCAGAAAACAAAAACGAACGAAAAGAACAAGAGGGAUGAAACCCCGUAAAAGGAACACGUUGCGUGGGUGAUAUUAUAUUGGCUCCUUCCAUUGAGGAGACAUUAACAAUCUCACGCUCAGCUUGAAAAAUGAAUUUGGUUGUACAAUGAAUUGAAAUGACCUUUCUUAUCUAAUAUUCGUUUAGCUUACAGGUUUUGCCAGACUUUUUUUAUCAGAUUUAUUUAUUGAUUAUUUAUUCAUUUAUUUAUUAUUUUAUUGAAUUAUUUAUCUAUAUUUUCGAGAAUUAAUUUUUCGAGAAUUGCAACUCUCCAAAAAAAAAAAUACUUGAAUGAAAAUAUAUCAAUACAGGCAGAAAUGUCUUCUAAAUUCAUGAAAAUUAUGUAUAAAUUGCAAUUCUCAAUUUCACGUGAAAAGAAAAGGACUUCGUGACAUAGUUUGAAGAAAAUGAGUCAGCGUAUAAAUAUGGCAUAGGAUAUAUAUAUCUGCGUAUGCUAUGAAAUCUGCCGACAGAUAACAAGUACAUUGAUGUGUGUAUAUAAUGUACAUGUAUAUACUUAUAUUCUCUUACUGGAGGAUGCCCCGGCCAAGUGAUUAAAUUAUUAUUUCAUUUUCGUUUCUAUGAAAUUUAGAAAAUUGAUAUUAUCAAAUCUAUCUUUUAAAAAAUUGCAUUUUCAUCUCAUUACAAAUCGAGAGAAAUACUGUACAUAUACUAUGUAAAAAGAAAUAGGAAAUGUAUAACUGGGAGAAGGGUCCGUCUUCUGUUAAUAAUUGUGUUAUAUAACAUUUUCUUUUUUAUCAAUGUUUACGUUUUUGCAUGAUUGAUUAGUUAAUUGAUUGAUUUAUUAUACUGGUAUAUGCCAUUUGAAUUGUGUAUAUAGUGUUUUCAAUAAUAAAUUUAAUUUUCCGGA